AUGGCUUCCAACUCAACAGCCUCUUGCUACGAGAUAGACAAUUCCUUCCAAUACUAUGCACAGGAUUGUCGUGGCGGCUUUGAUUUCACCCUCCUGUUCGAGGAAACCAUUCUGACUGCUCUUCCAUUGGGUAUUCUGGUUUUAAUAUCUCCGCUCCGGAUUUGGAACCUCCUCAACCGGCCAACGAAAGUUGUCGAAAGCUUCCUACUUCCAUUGAAGAUUGCCUCAUAUGCCGGGCUUGGUGCAGCCCAGCUCGCUUUAUUGACGUUAUGGACAUUACCAAACACCGAAAGGACCAGCGCGUCCAUUCCAGUGCAAGCGAUUUCCUUUGGCUCAACCGGCGUCUUUUGUUUGCUGUCUUACUUUGAGCACACUCGUUCCGUCAGACCCUCGUUUUUACUAAACGUAUACCUCUUCUUGACCUUACUCUUUGAUAUUGCACGAUGCCGAACGCUGUGGUUGAGGGAUCCGAAUACUUAUGGCCGGACAAUAGCAGUCCUCUUUACUGCCUCCGUCGCCUUGAAGGCAGUACUAGUCCUACUUGAAGGUCUGGAGAAGCGAUGGACUUUGCGAUCCGAGUACAAAGAUUAUCCACCCGAAGCGACUGCUAGUACCUAUAACCGAAGUUUCUUUUCGUGGCUAAAUCCUCUCUUUAUGAAGGGGUUUACGUCGCUGGUUCGUGUGGAUGAUCUAUUUGUCGUUGACAAAGACAUGCUUUCCGAACGUGUUCACGCCCGAUUGGAAGCGGCUUGGAACAAAGUUGCCAAAAAAACGCCAUAUUCAUUGUUUCUUGUGUCACUCUCAACCCUAAAGUGGCACAUUCUAGCUGUCAUUCCGCCUAGAGCAUUCCUCAUUGCUCUUAACUUCUGUCAGCCUUUACUUAUCAAUCGGGCGGUGUAUCUGUCAGUUGACAAUGUAACACCUUGGACCACACAUGUUGGCUAUGGGCUCAUCGGCGCCUACAUCAUUGUCUAUGUUGGGGCAGCAAUUGCCAUGGGUCAAUACCAACAUCUGUCAUACCGGGCAAUCACUAUGGUUCGCGGCGGUCUUAUCUCUAUGCUAACCCGCAAAACAACCGAUCUCAGCGUACGAGAUGUAGACCCCGCUUCAUCCUUGACAUUGAUGAGCGCAGAUAUCGAGCGCAUUGUUCAGGGUUGGCAAACCAUGCACGAAAUGUGGGCGAAUUUGAUUGAGAUUGCCGUCGCGAUCGUCUUGCUAGAAGCACAACUUGGAGUGUCCUGUGUUAUUCCUGUCGCUGUCGCAAUAACCUCUCUUGUUGCUUCGAUCCUUUUUCUCGGUAUUGUGGUAUCACGACAGGCUCUUUGGUUAGAAGCAAUUGAGAAGCGCAUAUCGGCCACGACGGCAAUGCUUGGCUCCAUGAAAGGAAUUAAAAUGACCGGUCUCAAAAAUGUUUUGUUCAAAAGUAUCCAUGGACUUCGUCUUGAUGAGUUAGACAUUUCUAAGGGAUUCAGACGGCUUCUCAUCUGGAACAUGGGAUUGGCAUAUUUGUCCCAAAUAUUUGCGCCAAUCAUUACCUUCGCCGUCUUUGUCUCAUUGUCGCAUGACCACGGAGACGAUGUCGCGCUUAACACGGCGCGAGUCUACACGGCCCUCUCGAUUUUUGCGCUGAUGACGGAUCCAAUCACCACACUUGUCAUGUCACUAUCAGCAUUUGCUGGCUCCGUCGGAUCUUUUACGCGAAUCCAAGAAUUUCUUGAUAAAGAUGUGCUCGUGGAUGAGCGAAAGGUUUCUUCAUUGUCGGAAGUUUCUUCCGAAGAAUUUAACAAAUACGAUGUAGCACCGCAUGUGUCCGAAAAGUCGAGUUUUGCAAUUAGCGAUAAUGAUACGCUGAGAUAUAGCGGAACGGGGACGCCAGUGCGAUCUGACACACCUCAGGGUGAUAUGAUCAUUGUUCACGACGCUGACUUUAGCUGGGACUUGAAUGGAGAACCACUUAUCAAGUCUAUCACCCUCACUGUUCAAGAAAGCAAAUUGAGCAUGGUUGUCGGUCCAGUUGGCUGUGGAAAGUCUACUUUGCUGAAAGCCAUCCUUGGCGAAGUUCCCUUAGCACGCGGCUCAGUAUACACUGCGACUAAACAAAUCGCCUAUUGCGACCAAACUGCGUGGCACAUGAACGAUACAAUUAGAAACAGUAUUACAACGUCCAGUGAUUUUGAUGAGCAGUGGUACGACACUGUCCUCAACGCAUGUGCGUUGUAUGAAGAUUUACGUCAAUUACCCCGAGGAGAUCAAACGAUGAUUGGAAGCAAGGGUGUUGCCCUCAGCACGGGACAAGGGCAGCGAAUUGCACUGGCUAGGGCGGUAUACGCAAGAAAGAAGCUAGUAAUCUUGGAUGAUCCGUUCAGUGGUCUUGAUACAUCCACUGAGAAUCAUAUAUUUCACAGCUUGAUGGGCAAGUCAGGUAUAUGGAGAGCAAUGCAGGUGACAAUUCUGAUUGUAUCAUCUUCUGCUAAACGCCUCCCAUAUGCCGACCAUAUUAUAGCAAUGGAUGAAAAGGGGGCGAUCAUGGAGCAAGGUCAAUUUGAUGUGCUUGCGGCAACAGGGGGUUAUGUUUCCAGUUUCAAUCUACCACAAGCCGAUUGGAAUUAUACUCCUGAUGACCGAACCUACCGCCGAUCUGGAGCAUUGCUAGCCACACCAAAUAAUGACAAGGUCAUCCAGACAGAUGAUGACCUCGAAGCUGAAGCCAACCGGGCAACAGGAGAUUUCACUAUUUACAGAUACUACUUUUCGUCCGUUGGGUGGAUGGGAAUUAUUGUAUUCGUCAUAUGUAUCUCAGGCUUUGUGUUCUGCAUAUCUUUCCCAAGUAUUUGGGUUAAAUGGUGGGCGGCAUCUAACGUACAAUAUCCCUACGAGAAAACAAAUUACUACUUGGGGAUGUAUGUGAUGUUAGGUGUCGUUGCUAUGAUCACUCUUUGCAUCAGCUGCUGGCAACUCAUAAUUACUAUGGUUCCAAAGACUGGUGAAAGAUUCCAUUUUACACUUCUCAACACUGUUCUAAGUGCUCCGAAUUCAUUCUUUGCUUCCACUGAUAUUGGUGUCACACUCAACCGAUUCAGUCAGGAUCUGCAGUUGAUUGACAUGGAAUUGCCGGUAGCUGCACUAAAUGCAUUUGCAACCCUUGUAUUAUGUAUCGCGCAAACAACCCUGAUUGGUGUUGCAUCACCAUACACGGCGAUUUCAUUUCCUAUUGUUCUCAUUGCUCUCUACUUCAUCCAAAAGUUUUAUCUCCGUACUUCACGCCAGCUUCGUUUCAUGGAUCUUGAGGCUAAAGCUCCUCUCUAUUCUCAAUUCACCGAGUGCCUCAGCGGUCUGGUCACAAUUAGGGCGUUUGGUUGGCAGAAAGCCAUGGAGAAAAAGAGCAGAGAUCUUCUCGAGAAGUCACAGCGUCCAUUCUAUCUUCUGUUUGCUGUACAGCGAUGGCUCACCUUGGUCUUGGAUCUUGUGGUAGCCUGUAUUGCCACGAUAUUGAUAAUUCUUGUGGUGGAAUUGCGUGGAUCAAUCAGUGCAGGAUAUGUAGGUGUUGCUCUGUUCAACAUUAUCCAGUUUAGUCAAAGCAUCAAACUGCUUAUUACAUUCUGGACAACGCUGGAAACGCAUAUUGGGUCGAUUGCGCGUGUCAAGAUUUUCAAUGAAACCGUCAAAUCUGAAGAUGAACCUGGAGAGAAUGGAAUGGUGCCACCUGAGUGGCCAGGCCAAGGAGCAAUUGAGCUCAAAUCGGUCUCCGCGGGCUACAGACCAGAUGAGCCGAUUCUAAGAAACAUAAGCAUUUCAAUUCGCAGCGGGGAGAAGAUCGGUAUCUGCGGCCGAACUGGAAGUGGCAAGAGUUCGUUAGUUUUGGCUAUCUUCCGAAUGAUCGAGCUUUCAGGGGGUAGUAUCAGCAUUGAUGGUAUUGAUUUGACUACAAUUCCGCGUCAGGAGAUUCGAUCUCGGAUUACAGGCGUUGCUCAAGAUCCUUUCCUGAUCAAGGGCAGCGUAAGGCUUAAUGCGGACCCGACUGGCAAGGCCACGGAUGAAGCCAUCUGGGACGCUCUCCGAAGUGUUCAUCUGCAGUCUACGGUGGAAGAGAAAGGUAGUCUGGAUGUUGAUAUUGAAGAGGUAUAUCUAUCACAUGGACAGAAACAACUCUUCUGUCUUGCGCGAGCUAUGCUGCGACAUAGCAGUAUUCUCAUUUUGGACGAAGCCACUAGCAAUGUCGAUAGUAAAACAGACGAGAUCAUGCAGCGGGUGAUCCGCGAGAAAUUCAGCAAUCACACAAUUCUCGCUGUCGCACACAAGCUCGACACCAUUCUCGACUUUGACAAGGUGGCUAUGUUAGAUGCGGGUCAAUUGAUUGAGUUUGAUGAUCCCUACACGCUUCUUUCUACAGACUCGGCGUUCAACCGUCUGUACACGUAUUGUAUGGCGGAAGAAGACGAGAAAGAUGGCCAGUUAGGCGUGGAAGUGAUCGUUCGGGACUCUCGCACACAAUCGGGUCGCGCAUCCACAGAGAUUAACCCCUCAGCAAGUGGGUCAGAUUGA